AUGGAGCCUUUGCAGGUGGGUGAGCCUAGUUAUGUGAGCUACAACAAUUAUCUGUACGAGAUUGCAGCACUCAUCCUUGAAUUGCACGAGAGAGCAAUAAAGUGCAAUACAGAGUUCACGAGGUACGAACAGGUCAUGUCCAUUGAUGCUCGAAUGCGUGAAAUAGCUAUUCAAGCGCGACCUCGUUAUUUCGAUGUGACUGUGCCACUGGAUCGUGACUGGCCAUGGUUCAUUCCGUGGGCUAGAAGAAGUCUGACAAUUUGUUUCGCGCACAAAGUUAUUAUCAUUCAUCGUUCUUUCCUGGCACGCAGUUUUGAGAACGCGACAUUCAGCUUCUCAAGGAGAACCUGCAUUGCUGCGGCCAAAACGAUACUCAAUGAAGCCAAUCAGCAACAAGAUGUAAAUGAACCAGUCAUCUGGAUUGAUCAGGCAUUCUGCAUAGCCGCAGCAAUCACCCUUUCCGUCGAUGCCAUUCAUCGACAUCCACACGAGCUCGAGUUGAAAGUACACCGCAAGCUCGUUCAUGGAUGUAUUAAUAGGCUCCGUGAGUACCACAACAGCCCAUUGGCUGAGCGAGGUAUUCGACUGCUGGGUGUGUUGUUGCUGAUUUCCGACCCCACACGAGCAACAAACACAAUUUUGCAGAGGACGAGACUUGAGGUUGACAUUUCCAAGACCUUGGCUUACGCUUAUCGUGGCCCCUCAAACGAUACUGUUCAUCUGGACGCGUUUCUCAGCCCGAUUUGCCCAGACUCUGCAAGGUCUGGCGACAAUGUGGACAAUGAGAUGAGGACGCAAUACCACGUGGAUGCAGCGGACCUUGUCGAAAAUAGCGUGCCUGAAUUGUUUCCAGCUCAAUCGGGUUUCUCAAAUGCCUUUAUCUUUGAAGAGCUUCUAGCCCGAAUCUAG